CGACUGUUUCAACUAGAUGGUUCAACAUUGACGAACGAUUCUCGGUGUGUAUAUGUUUUUUCUGAAGUUUGACAUUAAAUCUACUACUCAACAGUAAACUCUGUCAGCACACUGACAAACGCGGAAAAUUUUUCGGAUUUUUUUCUGUUUUUGAGUGAACGCUUGUAAUUGAAAUGCAUCUCUCAAAUUACAAAAUAAUGAAAAGUGCUAAAUGUGAGUGCAUAUUUUGGGUGAAAUUCUGCAAACAACAGUGAACGCGUCAGUAAAUCAAUGGAGUGAAUCAUGAAAUGUUUGCUGUAAUCAAAUAAAAAUUGCAGCGAGUAAAAAGAAGAGAAUCAAAGCUCUGCAGGAGACGAGUGCAUCAAGAGAAACAAAGCUUUCGGAUUUUUAAAACACCAUUGAGCAUUGAGUGAAAACUUUUUCCACAAUACCACAUCAUCACACGGAGGCAAAAAAAAAUAAACUUUGGAAAAUCGCUGAAAAUUUUCAAGCCUAAAAAAAUUAUUAUUGACAAAAGAUAGGAAAUUGUUUUAACGUUGCUGUUGUUUUUGAGAUUAUAGCCAGAAUUAUGGUUUUGGUGAAAUGGACUGUGACGAUAAACUAUUCAAAACACCUAAAAUCUGUGAGGGCAAAAAUGAUGAUUGAUCGAAGCUGUUAAAGAGAAAGACAUAUAUUUGCUGCAUACAUGAAUUCAAGAUCUCCAACACAGCGUGUGACAGUGUUCGUCCCCGAUGCUCCAAACCGACAUAAACGUGAUUCUACGAAGUCGUGAACAAAAUAAUAAAAUCAAGCACAUGCAUGCUGCACGAAGAUCAUAAGGAAAUUCAAUAAACUCGAAAGAAAUUUAGAUUGUGAGAGACAGACACAGAGACAGAGCGAUAGUACAACCAAUUUACCGGAACUAACAAAAUAGAGGAGAAAAAACGCAAGCAGAACCAUUGAAGCAGGGAGAAAUAGACAAAAGAAACCAGAAAUCAUUGGAGUGCUGCAAUUUCGCGUUGAUCAAAUAAAAACACUCACACACACAUAAAAUACAAAUUGCGAAACGAAGUACCCGACCCCGAUUUUAUUCACAGUGCUCCACAGCCGAUCACGGGAAUCAUUCAUCAAACAUGAGUGCAACGGUUUUAUAUGUCGUUUUAAUACACCUUCUAACGAAAUGCUAUCAAAUAUCAUCACAAACAUUACAGGAUAUCAAUCAAGGUGUUGAACUGGAGCCAGAGUUUAUAGGAUCAAUAUCGAAUGUUACAUAUCCGGUUGGUCGGGAAGCCGUGCUCACAUGCAGCGUCAAGAACUUGGGCAAAUACAAAGUGGGCUGGCUGAGAGCGGCAGAUCAGACUGUGCUAGCAUUACAAGAUCGUGUUGUAACGCAUAAUGCCCGAAUUAGUGUUAGUCACGAAAACUACAUAACAUGGCGUUUACGUAUCAAACAAUUACGAGAGUCCGACAAAGCGUGCUACAUGUGCCAGAUUAACUCAAGCCCAAUGAAAAAGCAAAUCGGCUGCAUCGACGUUCAAAUUCCGCCAGACAUAAUAAACGAGGAUUCAUCGGUUGAUAUGGCUGUGCAGGAGGGCGAAGAUGCGGCUUUGACAUGCCGUGCCACUGGUAAUCCCACACCGAGAGUCACGUGGAAAAAGGAAGAUGGUGACUACAUUUACAUUCGGAAGCAAGGAAAUCGUGAUUUGAUGAAAGUUGAAUCAUAUAAUGGAUCAGUACUUCGGCUAUCACGGUUGGAGAGGAAGCAAAUGGGAAGUUACUUAUGUAUCGCGUCAAAUGAUGUGCCACCAGCCGUUUCGAAGCGUGUGUCAUUGAGUGUGCAUUUUGCACCAUCGGUACGUGCACCAAGUCAGCUGUUAGGAGCACCGCUAGGCAGUGAUGUACAGUUGAAUUGCCAAGUGGAAGCUUCCCCAGCUCCAGUUAGUUAUUGGUUAAAAGGAGGGAAAUUGCAAGGGUCCCUUGGGAAUAGUUUGAACAAUGCAGAAAUCGGUCAACCAAGGCCAGAAAUGCUGCUGGACGGACCGAAAUACGGAAUAACCGAGCAAAGGACCGGCUAUAAAGGGAUUAUGCGAUUAACGAUUCGUUCGUUUUCGGCAAACGAUGUGGGCACAUAUCAUUGCGUCAGUACGAAUUCACUUGGUCGCGCCGAAGGCACAUUACGACUAUAUGAAAUUAAAAUACACCCAGGCACAUCCGAAUCGGAUGGUGAUCAACUGAAUAUUAUCGGCGGAAUGGCCGAACAAGCGCGUGGCACCGCCAAUCGACAGAAUUCCAAUUCAUAUAUGAUGACUGUAUUCGUUUAUAUCACAAUAAUAACUGUCAACUUGUUUCAAACACAUAAUUUGUUGCCAUCCCUAAGAUGAUAAACUCUUUCAUAAGCUCCGGACGAAAUGUGAUCAAUUCGAAAAUGUAAUUAUCGAUGAAAUCGAAGGAAAACUUUUAAAGUGAUUUCGCAAAGUUAUAGAUUCGACGACAUGCAGCAUCGAUGCCAAAACCGACGAAAAGAAAACAAACAAUUGAGUAAAGAAAAUUUGAUUUUAGUUUUUACGACAACAAUCCCAGCACAUGAUCAACUUAUUUUCACAUCCGAAAAACCGAUUUCAUGCGCUCACGCCACUGGACAGUUAGUUUUGGUUAGAUUUUUUUUUUAUCGAACCUUCCCAAAAGAUGGAUUCAAUUGGACUGACUUUGUACUAUACAUCCAAAUGUUUAGCGAACAGAAUGUGGUAGUAAAAGGAUUCUUUCUUUUAUUUUGUUUUCAUAUACAUGUAUAAAUACUGCUCAAUAUUUUAACAUUGAAAAAAAUUUAAAACUAUGAAUAUUUGCGAUGAACGAAGAUGAAGAGAAAAUUGUAAAAUAAAAAUGAACAUGAAAAUAAUUCUGUGAGAAACUAUUUGAAUUUAGGUUUAAGUCAAUUGAUUAUCAACAACAUAUAUGUAUGCAAAUGCUGAAAUAUCCAACAAAAACAACAACAGAAAACCCAAUUGAACUUUAACAUUACUGAAAAAAAACUAGUGAAUUAGAACACCAUGGAUUUGUUGUUUCUGUCACAAAAUCCCCGUAAUAAACGUACAUAUAAAUAUUUAUCGAAGGCCCCUGUCAAAACUCUAUGAUAGUCCAUUUGUCACGAAAGACCUUUCAUAUGAUAUCCAUAUUGACUAUUCAUAUGCAAAAAUGGUGUUAAGUCGUGCUAACAUGGCCACAAUGGACCGAGAUGGUGUCCAUGUUCAUCUCUGUUGCAAGACCUUUCAUAUGACACCCUUAUUGACUAUUCAUAUGUGAAAUGGUGUUAAGUCGUGUUAACUCGACCACGAUGGACCGUGAUGGACCAUGAUGGUGCCUAUGUCAUCCGCGGGCUCAAGACCUUCCCAAUGGUACCCGGCACUUUUAGAUCGGUUGAGCGGUUUAGGAGAUUACCCCGAACAUACAUACAAACAUUCAGCUUUAUAUAUAUAGAUAUAGAUAUAUAUCAUUCCUAUCUCACGUAAUAUAUCUAACGUCGUUCAACGUAGCUAACAAAAACGAGAAAUGAAACCGUCAAAACACUCGAUGGAAAUGGUUAUCAAAAAGACACAAACACAUUUUUACCUUGUAGCACAUAUUUCAUCAUUCGAUACUCCGUAGCAUUCCAUGAAUAAAAUACAAGCAUACGAUAUCGUUUGAGCGAUUGAAUUUUUAAAAGAAAUGAGAUUUUCUUUUUUUCUUGUAAACCCCCUAUCAGAAAAAAAGAAUGUUCUGUGAAUAAGCAUAUCGUUCUGUGGUGAUAUUUCUUAAAUGAACAAAAUAAACGAUUAAUAAUUCAUCCAAAAAAUAUGUCAAAUUAUCAAGAAAUUAUACGUCAAGAGAAUCAAAACUACAAUAUCAACCAGCUGAACAUUUCUUCUUCCCUUGGGAGAUCAAUCGAACGCGAAUGAUGAUGACCGUUGAAGAGAUGCUCUUUGGCUCGUGAAACGAAACGAACAUUUGUAGGAAAAAAUGAACCCUUGUUUACUAUCAGUAAUGAAAUAAGAACCAAAAAUUCAAACAAAUAAUACAAAUUCCUUAACUCUUGAACAUUUUAUCAAGCAUACACUUACUUGGCUAUAAUUUAGAGCAUAUUCAAUUUCGAGCAUCUGGGCUUAUCAAAACAAAUAAAACAACACAGAAAUCGAUACUAAUGACAUAUUUCAAUUAUAUGAAGAAAAAAAAUAUCCAGCCAAAUAAACUAAGUAUAAAUCUCCAGUUGAGGGGAGAAAAAGUAAAAAAAAAACAAUUUCCCAAGGAAGUGAAUUCCAAAUGAAUUGUAAUUAUAUGUUAUCAUUUUUUGAAUGAAGAAUUGAAUUCUUCAAAAUACAUAAUUCACAAUCAAUUCAAAAAAAAAAAUCAAUUAGUAUGUAUGGAUGUGUGACGCUAUAAAAUGUAACGUUCUAAAAAUUCCAUUGUGAUUAUUGCUUUGAAUUUGAUCUCAACAGUAAAUUCAUAGAACGAAAACAAAAUAUAACUUAAAAAGAAUACAAAAAGAGAAAAUGAAUCAAAAUCGACGACAUUCAGAGAAAUCUGACUCAUUUGGCAUGAUUUCCUAUCAAAUUUUUGCGUCGCAGUUUCUAAUUAUGCUUUUGAAACUGCGCAAAAUUUCAACGUAUUUUGCUCCCCAUCAAAUUGAUUGUAAUGUAAGCCAUUGACUUUUUGAUGCUGAACAACCAAAACAAAACUACUCCAGAAGUAAAAGAAAAAUUGGCUACAUUCGAAAGAAUAAUAAAUAAAUGCUACUUUCCACGAUAUGUCUUCAAUAUUGUGAUCAGCUGAAAAUCC